AUGGGCAAUGAGUUUCGAUGUAUUGGGUGUAUCUGUAUUUAUCGAAGCUUUAAUUUUCGUGCUUAUCCCAAUUGUGGGUUCAGUUUAUGCAUGGCGAAAAGGAGCGUUGGAAUGGUCUUAACUGAGUAUUCAGACAAUAAAAAAAAAAAGGAAGGAAAAGAUUACAUUGAGACAGUUAUGAAUUUGAUUGAGUUUCCGUUACUUGACCAAACAACCCCCAAUUCAGUUAUUUCAACUACAUCGAAUGAUCUUUCGAAUUGGUCAAGACUCUCCAGUUUAUGGCCGCUUCUAUAUGGUACCAGUUGUUGUUUCAUUGAAUUUGCUUCAUUAAUAGGCUCGCGAUUCGACUUUGAUCGUUAUGGGUUGGUGCCAAGAUCAAGUCCUAGGCAAGCGGACCUAAUUUUAACAGCCGGCACGGUCACAAUGAAAAUGGCUCCUUCCUUAGUGAGAUUAUAUGAGCAAAUGCCUGAACCAAAAUACGUCAUUGCUAUGGGGGCCUGUACUAUUACAGGAGGGAUGUUCAGUACUGAUUCUUAUAGUACUGUUCGGGGAGUCGAUAAGCUAAUUCCUGUGGAUGUCUAUUUGCCGGGCUGCCCACCUAAACCAGAGGCAGUUAUAGAUGCUAUAACAAAACUUCGUAAGAAGAUAUCUCGAGAAAUAUUUGAAGAUAGAACUGUAUCUCAACAGGAAAAUCGAUGUUUUACUACCAAUCACAAAUUUUCUGUUCAACGCAGUACUCAUACUGGAAAUUACGAUCAAGGAUUGCUCUAUCAAUCACCAUCUACUUCAGAGAUAUCUUCUGAAACAUUUUUCAAAUCCAAAAGUUCAGUAUCUUCCUACGAAUUAGUGAAUCAGGCAGGGUUCUUUUGUGCAGAAUAA